CAGAAGGCCGCAGCCAGAGUUCGAAUAUUCCGAGAGAUUCAAGUGUAAAUGCUUCUUCUUCACGAGAUCGACAGCCCACAACCAAAGCAGGAGCAACGGACACAAUCCUUGGUUCGGAAGCAUGCCCAAGUUCAAGUGCGAGAGAACAGGCAAAUAGUACAGGAGCCCCGCAAAAUAGGAACCCCAAGCCAGUGGGAGUGCGAGUAGGAGAGAAGACAACGUCACCUAAGAGUGACAGGGCAGCUAUUGAAACAAACCCAGAGCGACAAGCGGAAUCGUGGACAAUCAAAAAUGAGAUCUCAGAUACGGCAAGCAAGUCUGCAAAUGCUAGGAAAAGGCCAAGUGAUCGCCCACCAUUUGACGGUGCAACCUACGUUCCACACAAGGAGGAUGAAAUCCUCAAACAGAAACACUGCCAGAGCCAGCCGGUUUUGGAGAAAUGGGCCAUCCAGAAACUCGAAGAAAAAGACGUCGAGAUUACAUGCGUCAUCAGCUAUUACGAGAAGCAGCGAUCGAAGCACCUACGACAAUGCCAGGCUUACUUUGACGAAACGAAAGCCAAGAUCCAGCGACUCAAAGACCAAGUCAGGCAAAUGAGUGGGGAUUUGCAGCAUGCAACUCGAAAGAUCCAGGACAGGGACGACCACAUUGCGUCCAUGUCCAAGGCCAGUGGCGACUUUUCCUUGAACAGAGAGAAGACUCAGGAUGAAAGCAGCC